AUUCUGGAACAGGCUACCAUAAUAAUGUGUUGUGCAAUAAUUCUUAUUGAAUACAUCUCUGAAGCUUAUUACAUCAUUCAUAUUUAAUUUUACGUGUACAGCUGAAAUUAUAUAAGUGCAGCCUACGGCUAGGUAGUAAUACAUACGACCGACGAUAAGCAAAAUGUAGUUUCUCGUAAGCGACUCCUUAGAAUUCCUCAGGUUUCUUGCGCACAUCGGUGAAGUUGUUAGUUUGGUACUUCCUUAAAGUUUUAUCACCUAAAUCUGUGCUUGUACCGCUCAGAAUAUACGUAUCAGAUGGCGGCGCCGUUGAGUAUAUCUCCGCUAUAUUUAAUCUAUCAAAACAAGAAAUGGUUAAUAGCCCAGACGACCCUCUUUGACCACACGACAUAUGUGUAGGAAACCGGUUAUACGUGAAACGUGCAAUCGUACCACGUCAGGUAAUGCUCAGUGCUUGUUAACCACCUUAAACGCUCACUGCUGUUUUGUUACAUUGUAGCGGAAAGAAUGUCGGAAAGGGCCGAUGAUGACGUCAAACGGGAGCAGCGCAAAGCGACCAGGCAGUCAAGGCAGCAGCAGAUCCAGCAGGGAGAGAGUGUCACAGCAAUGGCGACUGUAGGGGAGCGCAGAUCUCUGCCCAGUCCAGAAAUACUGUUGGGACAGCCCUGGAGCAACUGGGUCGAUGCUGCCAAACUCAACGGGAACGUCGGUACAGAAUCGGAGGAAAGUUUGAAAGAGUGCGGGAAAAAUCGGGAAGGCAUGCGGCUUUGCAGAGACGACAUGCCCAUAUUUGGACAGUGCCCAGCGCAAGACGACUUCUACCUGGUGAUGUGCAGUUGCUGCAGUCAGGUGGUCAAACCACAGGCCUUUCAAGCACAUUACGAGAGAAGACACGGCUCGUCCAGCAAGCACCCGUCGGCCGCGUUCCCCGUGCCCACGUUGGUGUCCCGCCGCAACGGCUCUGCCCCCAACGCCAAAAUCCUCAAAACGGCCAAAGAGAAGCUGCCCGCACACCUCAGGGUGCUCCACCACAAACUCCUAUCUCCGGCGGUGAAAGUGGAGAAGAUCCCUCUGAAGGCGUCGGACGGCCACGCCCCCUCGGCCUCGAUCGCCGUGAGCUCGUCGCUGAGGCCCAGCCUUAACUGCCCCUCCAUACCAAAGGCCCCCCUCCUGCCCCCUGGGCACAUCCCCAACGGGAAAACCCUCCACUCCUCUCUGGAGAAGAAACAGGACAACGGCUCCGGCAGCAGGAGGCACCUGCACAAGAAACUGUCCGAGCGCGAAUUCAAUGCAGAUUUCCACUGUGGAGUGUUGGACCUGACUACACGGAAGCCAUGCACAAGAUCACUGACAUGCAAGACGCAUUCCUUAACCCAGCGGAGGGCGGUCCUGGGCCGGAGGAAACGCUUCGACGCGCUGUUGGCGGAUCACAAGGGCCGAGCGAGGGAGAAGGAGCUGCAGUGCAGCGCGGCAGACCCCUCUCGGCAGACCCCGCCUCUCAGGGACGCUAACCCCGCCCCCUGCCCCUCCCCCGUCUCCCACGGCAACAGCACCGCCGACGCCAAGCCUUCUGCGCCGAGCAAACCCAGACCUCACAAUCCAAGUCUUCCACGACCGAACAGCUAUCCCGCACACCUAGGGGGGAACAGUCACACCCAGGAGGACCCCGCCCCGCUCCAGGAGUCUUCCCUCCAAUCCGCACCCACCCCGGACGGGACGUCCCGUCUGUCCAGCGACGAGGGGGAGAAUGAGGAGAGGGAGGAGGACUGCCACUAUUCGGGCUACCACCCUCGGCCUGCUGCUUUCUGCACCUUCGGGAGCCGUCAGUUUGGGAGAAGCUGCUACAUGUUCAGCCGACGAUGGGAUCGGGUUCGACACACCCUCAGCGCCAUGGUAGAGAAGCACAUCAGCUCUCAGAUGUGGAAGAAAAUCCCGCCCGCUACGCAGAACUCCACGCACUCGAUGCCCCACAGAACGAACGCAAACUCGCUGGCCCCACCCCACCCGAGCGCCAGCGGGGGUGGGUUCCUCCCACCCGCCCCCCAGCCGCUGCCUUCAUCCCCCUACUCUCAGUCCCUGGACAGCCGGGCGGUGCUCUCGUACGGGACGACCCUGAGCGCGCGGCAGGACCGCCCCCCCUACAACAGCGCCCAGCCCCGCCCGGGCCCCUCCUGGACCCAGGUCCCUUCCCUGGCCUCCAGCAGGCCCCUGAAGACCAGGCCCAGCGCGAAGCCCUUCAGACCCAGGGAGCCGCCGCCCGCCAACUCUACCGCCAGCCUGGGCGUGGCCAAGAAGAGGAAGAGCAGCUCGCCCACGCACCCCACCGAAUCCUCCUCAUCAUCCACCUCCUCCUCUUCCUUCGUUUCACCAGUGCCGAGGAAGAACUGCGCUCUGAACCCCAGGGGCCCGGGGAGCGCCCGCCCCCUCUCGCUCAUGGCCCCACCCCCCCAUGCCGGGGUCCACCAUGGCCCGGGGCUUGGCUCCGCCCUCAGCCUCAGGCUCGACCAAUCGGGGAGGGGCCCUCCGACGGGCAGUCCCGCGGAACCAAUCAAGCGCAUGAGCGUGGUGAUGAACAGCAGCGACUCCACCCUCUCUCUGGGGCCCUUCGUGGCGCACGCGCCUGUGGACAGCCUCGAGGGGAAGAGGCACAAGGGGCCAGGGGCCCCGGGCCCCGGGAGGCCCCUCAAAAUGGCCAAGCUCCCCACACUCAACAACGUCCAUGGCAAGCACAGCCGAAGCAUUCCAGGGUCACAGGGGCUUCCCAACAAUGCCAUUUUACAGCAGCCAAAGGCUCGUCCCUGACAGGGGGUUGUGUGGUUUCCCACAAUUCCGGCCAAAUGACCGCACUGGUUCUCCCUGCUACUCCAAACCAGAGGAGGCCUUGCCUUGCUGUCCCAUGAUCCUCAGGGGCAGAGACCUGUCGGGACAGAGUUGGUAACCGCGGAAUUCCCCGAACAAAGCCAUUCACGUCCACGGCCGGGCAGGUUGCCUUGACAACGGAGACACUACACGUGGGGUCGUCGUCGCCCUUGUCGCAGUAGACUGGAUCGGCUGGCUGGUCUUCCUUUAGAAGGGGAUUGUGUUGUGUGACCUUGCACAGAAGGUGUAACGGUACAGACUACGAGGCCAGGCAAAUACACACGUGUGUGUGCGCACACACACACACACACACGCACAGACACACUAUCACACUGGUGAUGAAACACUACCUUCCUUGUAGCACGAACGCAGAAUCACAGAAUCUGUGUUUUAGCAGGUCAGGUUCUGCCGAGCUGAGAUUUUAAAGAGGCUCAACCAUCACUUGAACUCAAGCCUUAGAAAACUGGCUCAAACUAACACUGAUAACAGCUAAUUCCCCAUUUUCUACUGGGUCUUACGGUUUAAGCAUAUUUUAUUGCUUAACUUCAACUAUGAAUCUAUGAGUGUCUGUUUGUCUAAGAACACCAAGCUGACUACAGCAGGUUUUUAGGUCAAGUUAUGAAGUUUUAACUAGCACCUGUCUGAAUUAACACCUGUUCAAAGGUUUUCUGAGACCUGUGGUGUUUUAAGGGAUGUUGUGAGACGGAUCUAGAGUGAUUAUAUAAGGGCAUAUGUAGUAGGAGAAAAUGAAAGCCAUCAAUGUAGAAUUUUAGAUUCCACAUGAGUUUUAUGCCUUUGAUAGUGAUGAGUUGCAGUGCUUAUUCCAUCAAACACACACACUCACUGUAACACACACAUACUCACUCACUGACACACACAGGCACACACGCUCCCUCACCAUAGCACGUGCACACAAACACACAUACACACACACACACGCUGACACACGCACACUCUCACUCACCAUAACACACACACAGCUCUGAAGACCAAACCAAACUUUUGAAAUAAUGAACAUAGGACCACAUUUGCUGUUUAAUUAUUUUCUGUUCUGAGAGAAGCCCUUUCUUGGCUUGUCUUUACAAACUCUGCCUAACGGUGAAUGUCAGAUCAAAUAAAUAUGAAUAUAGGUACAUUUAAACUAGCUAAAAUUAAUUGAAGGCCAUUGAUUUGCUAUAGAUUGUGUCAUCUGGAAACCAACGCCACCCUUAUCGACUACCAGAUAUAUUACUGUGAAUAGUAUUGCCUAAACAAAACACUAUUUUGUACACAGAUUAUGCAAGUUUGUUUAGCUUCUGUUCCUUGCAGCAGGUGAUGUGUAAUGACUGCUGUGGACAGGUCAGGAAUACAUGCAUAUGACCAGUUCAGCUAUACCACAUGUUUUUGCGAUCCAAUCAAAAGCUAUUGCCAGUAAUUAAUCUCAGUUAUUACAGUGCCCUCCAAGAUACCUCUGUCAUACCUUUGACAAUGAUGAGCAAAGAAGGCUGUAAAAUAGAAAAUACAAGUGAUUUUAUGCAAAAUGAACAUAGGGUAAGUAAUAUUAUUUUAAAAUAAUACAAUUCCUCAGAAAAAAAAUAUUGUGCCGAACAAAUAAUAUCUUCUCCCUAAAAGAUGUCACAAUUAUUCACGCCCUACUAAUUAUUUGAAAUAAAAUCCAACAAAAAUAAAUCUGCAUUCAUAUGCUGCUUUUGACUGUUAACCAGAAUUCUUAAGGAACUGUAUUGUAGCCUCCUGUUUUCCUGGGGUAUGAAAAUGAGGUAACACAUGUAAACCUCAUGUGUCAUCACCAUGUGGAAAGAGGAACAUCGUUCAGCAAGAUAGCGAGUUUGAGCAUACUUUAAAAAUGACCAAAAAAAAGACCUUAAAAAACCACAAAAAGACACUUUUGCAAUGGCCAUGUCAGAAACCAGACUUGAAUGCAAUAUAAAAAAUUGUGGUUUUAAUUGAAGAGGUCAGUCCAUAGAGCACUGACUGAUAGAUCUGAAGGAUCCUGAAAUAUUCUGUAUGGAGGAAUGGUCAAAUACACCCCCCCCCAAAUAUGUUCACCAGUCUCAUCAAAUAAAAUCCUGUAGAAGAUGACUCAUUAGGGACAGUCCACAAUGUACUGAAAACAGGAGUGUGAAUAUUUCUGACAAUUUAUUGGAAAUAAAUUAAUCAUUUCAGAAGUGAUAGUUUGGUUGUUAAAGUAGAAUAUAUUUCAAAUGUAAAAAAAAAAAGAUAAAUAUAUCUCAAUACUUUGAUAAAUUAUUUUAUACUGGCUUUGCUUCUCAUUCAUCAUUAUCAAUGGUGUGAAUAAUUUUGGAGGGCACUGUAUUUGAGAAUUAAAUAUGGGAAGAAAUAGUGUGAUAUGAGAAAGGUGCGUGGAUAUGUGGAUUUCUGAAUUUCUGAACUCACAAGCAACAACUGAGAGAUUCAUGUAGAUUCCAUAUUUUCCUAUUUUAUGACAGUCUGUGCUCAAAAUGUCUCAGUCCACACUUGCCAAGUAAUAAUAAAUAACUCUUAUUGUCUCAGUGGGUCAUCAAUCACCUAAAUAGAUGUUUUAGCUUUCUUGUGCAGUCACUCAUCGAUGAUGUCAUAAUCAGUACCGGUGAGCUCUGAAAUGAGGAAAUCCGCACAUCUGCUGAACUAUUAUUUUUGAUGAAAUUACCAGUAGAUAGUUGUUUACCAUGUUUACCAUUUUAAGGAAUAUUAAUUUCAGUGCUGAGUGCGACUACUGUUCGCUACUAAGUGCGACUAAUUACCCUCUAUUGUCAGUCACGGAAAAACAAAAGUAUCCAAAACAUGUUUUCUUGGAAAAAUACCUGCAAAACCUGUCCCCUCAGUCAGUCCGAGUAUAGUUAUGGUGGCUGCACAUCGUUAAUGGAUAUGAACGCCACUUUCAAACUUCACUUGUCUUUUGACCUGAAACCCAGACCGAAUUCACAUUUGGUUUUGUCGUUCAGCAUGUUGCUCUCCGGUGACUGUUGCUGUAGAAAUUGUGAAUCAUUUGCCAAAUAAUACCAAGAAUACAACCCUCUCCCAUUCCCCUGUGAGGAGUCAAGCGUUAGGGCGGUCUGGCGGCGAAAGUGCUGAAAGGCGAGGCAGGCAAUACCGUGUAAAACUGGCAGGCAGACAAACUUCCUUAAGUCUUAAUUAGUGAGUCUUAAUAAGAACUGACCUUGGGAUAAGUCCACUUCUUCCUCCACUUGAAACAUAUUUUGAGGACUGUUGAAUUUGAAACAUUAGUGGCAAACUUUUAAGGUGGAACCGAAGUUCAGGCGCAGAUAUGAUCCUGCUUCUCUUGUCAUUUCUGUAGAUUUUUCACCCCCUAUUGAUGUCAGGCAGUCAAUGUAGCCACAGAGUCAGAUUUCUACCCGUUAUUUUGGCAUUUUCUUCUGUGUAUUACGAAAUAUUGAAAUAUCCCUAUUUCAGAUGACAUAUUUUGUUAAAAAUGUACAUAUUUAAAUAUGUAUUUUUGCACAGGCAUUCUUUUAUAUCCAUGUUUGGUACAAUUGAUCAUAUGUAUUCAUUUACUAAAAAUUAGUAAGUUAAAUUACUUUUACUGAGUGGUUCACUGCCAGUAAUGCAAUAUACCUACUUAAAAAAACUGAUGGGCUGUCUCAGGUCCUUUAAAAGUGAAGCGUUGUCUUCGAGGUGCAACCAAUGAAAAAUGAACAUGUUAAAUGGGGGAUGUCCCUGCAGCAUGCCUGCGGUUGAUUGGUCCUUUUAGACCAAAAAAGCAAAGCCACGUCAAAGCAAAGAAUGUCAGAGCUGACCUAGUCACUGGAUUUUCUGGCCUGGCCCAAGUAUACCAUUCAUACUGCUGGUCUGUUAACAUUUCAUAAGCUCAACACUUGACUUUUAAAGUUGUAGGGAGCAGGGAAAUUCCUAAAAUGAACAAUAAGUCAUCUGCAGUACAGCUGUUCGCAUCGUGGUUGCCAAACCUUUGUGUUAUAACACUGCUUUUUUAGGGUUUUUAUUUUUGCAGCUUC